AUGCCGGCCAGCCGGUCGGUCGGUCGGACGAUGCGGGGGCGGCUCACUUCCCGAGAAGCUGCAACAACAGCAGCGCGGUUAUCUCGUUACGUGCGGCGCGCUCGCCUCCAUCGCCCGCCCGCGCCCCCGCCCGCGGCCCGCCUCGCUGCGCCGCGCCGCGUCACGUCACGGGCAAUGACGUGGCGCAAGGCCGCCCGCGGGCGGCGGCGAAGGCGGCAGGCCAGCUGGGCUUAUUCCCGCGAUUCGCGAUGGCUCCGCUGCCAACCUGCCGGCGCAGCGGCCGAGCGCCCGCGAGUGCGCGCCGCCAAUGGAUUGGACGUUUCCCGCCGUGUGGACCCGACGUCGUCGUCGCCGCCGCUGCCAACGCCACGUAGAAGGUAG